AAUUCGUCCCCUCCGCUGCCGUACUACGACAUGUGCCUUACCCGCAGCUACCGCGCUCAGCGGCUCCCUCAUUUUUUGAACCAGAGUGGCGCGAAUCCCGGGCCGGACUGCGCAUGCGUAGUGCACCGGCUAGUUGUGGCGAGCGCAAGCAUCGUAGCAGCCGCAGCGCACAAUCUGAGCUGUGAGUGGUAGUGACUAGCGUCCCCAACUGCAGAAGCUGCUGGUGAGGGAGCGGCUGCAUGGAGGACAGCUCGGCAGGAGAAGCGCCUCCUCCAUUCGACCAGGUGGCCGGCGUGGCCACAGCCUGGGUGGUGGACUACUUGUUCGCCAGUUUGUGUCAUUAUUUCAUUGAGGAUGACCGAGCGGAGGAUUUCCAUCGGACGUGUAAGGCAAUGGAAGUACUUCUUGAUGCGAUGCCUACACUGAGUUCAGAGAACAUGAAUGCUGUACUGAUCGCACAGUUCCUUACACGUGUUGCAGAAGGAAAACAUCUAGAUGUCCACUUUGAAACAGAUGAGAAGCUUACACCUCUAGAAACCGCUGCAACAGUAUUACAUGAACUUAAGGAAGAUGAAGAAAAUCUAAGAAGUCUUCAGGAAGAAAUAGAAACAUUGGUGAAAAUUCAGGCUGUAGCAGUUUGCAUGGAAAAAGGAAGAUUUAAAUUGUCGUCAGAAGUUCUUGAGCGACAGUUUGAAGAAUCUGAGGCAAAUAAGUAUCUAAGAAUGAAGCUGUCGAUGGUUAUCGGUAAGAAGGACCCAUACCAUGAAUUUCUCGAGAAUUUCUCUUACACCAAAAUGUUGAAGAAGAUCAGAUCCUAUAUCAGUCUUAAAUUGGCUAGCCGACCCCCUGUGUUUCUGCUGCAGGCAGCCGCAAAAGUGGUAGAAGCUAAAGCAGAAAGCCAGCUGGAUAACAGGACGGAAGAACAUCUGAGUGUGAAAACUAGUGAAAGUACAGUGGAGGAUCUAGUUACCAGUGAAGAUACAGAGAAUGAGAAGAGCCAGCAAUCCCAAGAAGCUUUUGAUAAUGAUGCGCAAAAUGAAGUACAGAAUUCUUCAAGUGAAUGUGAAAAUCUGACUGCGCAGGAGAGAAGUCAUUUAAAUCAUAUUGAAAUUGGAAUAGCCAACUGCACAGAGAACAAAGCAUCUAUAACCGAUAAAGCAACAGAAAGUAUUGAAAUUGGAAUAGCCAACUGCACAGAGAACAAAGCAUCUAUAACCGAUAAAGCAACAGAAAGGCCUCAAAGGCGACUCUUUUCCCUAGAACAGAGAACACCGUGGCAUCCUGACAAAACAAAAAAGAGAAUAACACGCGGUACCACCAUAAACAAGAGAAAUCAGGACAAUGAGAAAAAUAAAUUACACACAAGUUUUGGAGCAACCAAGAAAAAACAGCCGUGGACAUGGGAAGAAGAUAAAUUAUUGAAAACAGGAGUGAAAAAAUACGGUGUAGGACAGUGGCGUAAAAUACUUGUUCAUUAUAAAUUCAACAACCGUACAGGAGUUAUGCUGAAAGAUCGGUGGCGGACAAUGAAGAAGUUAAACAUAGUCGAUGAUGAGUGAUGUUUUCAUAGCAACUCAUAAACCCAGACCCAGCAUUCGGUAUAUAUUAAAUGUGCGCACUUUUUUUUGUGUUUUUAAACCUGUAAAAAUAUAUAUAUAUAAUUAUUUUUUUUACGGUAAAUAAACAGUAUUAAUAUCA